UCUCUCGCAUCACUACAUCUCUCUCUCCCUCUCGACCCCCUUCCACUUCACUACUCUCUCUCUCUCUCUCUCUUCAUAUUCUCGUAUCUAUACUUUCCCAAGAAAAGGGGAAAGGAAGAAAAGAGAGGCUCCACAAUGGACAAGCUCAAGGGCUGCAACAAGUUCCUGGAGACCUCCAAACCUUACUUCGCCAUGAUCUCCUUGCAAUUCGGAUACGCCGGCAUGAACAUCAUUACCAAAGUCUCCCUCAACCAUGGCAUGAGCCACUACGUGCUCGUCGUCUACCGCCAUGCCUUCGCCACCGCCGUCAUCGCCCCUUUUGCCCUCAUCUUCGAGAGAAAGAAGCAACCCAAGAUCACAUUCCCUGUUUUCAUGCAAAUAUUUGUCCUGGCACUACUUGGACCGGUGAUUGAUCAAAACUUCUACUACGCUGGGCUGAAGCUCACUUCUCCAACUUUCUCGUGCGCAAUGAGCAACAUGCUUCCCGCCAUGACAUUUGUGAUGGCUGUCAUUUUCAGGAUGGAAAAAAUCGAUAUAAAAAAAGUGAAGUGCCAAGCGAAGGUCAUAGGGACGGUGGUGACCGUGGCCGGGGCCAUGCUGAUGACGCUGUACAAGGGUCCUAUCAUGGAAAUGGUGUGGCCGCAUGCCCACCCCCGGCAAUCUUCUACGUCUGGCACCGGCAGCAGCGGCACCUCCGACAAGGAAUGGUUCCUCGGCUGCAUCCUCCUCAUCAUCGCCACUCUAGCAUGGGCUUCUCUUUUCGUCCUCCAAACCAAAGCCUUGGAGACAUACAGGAACCACCAGCUCUCGCUCACGUCGCUGGUGUGCUUCGUGGGAACUCUACAAGCGAUCGCAGUGACGUUUGUCAUGGAGCACCGAAGUGGUGUCUGGAAGGUCGGCUGGGACAUGAACCUCCUUGCCGCCGCCUAUGCUGGAAUUGUGACCUCAAGCAUUUCAUACUAUGUGCAAGGCCUGGUGAUCAAGAAAAGAGGGCCGGUCUUCGCAACUGCUUUUAGUCCCUUGAUGAUGAUCAUAGUCGCCAUCUUGGGCUCUUUCAUCCUUGCAGAGAAGAUUUACCUUGGAGGGGUGCUUGGUGCAGUACUGAUAGUGAUCGGGCUCUACUCGGUCCUGUGGGGCAAACACAAGGAGAAGCAAGAGGAGGAUAGGUUGAAGCGACUGGAGACUAUACCGGAAGCUGUGAAGGGUGUCCAAGAGAACGGGAAUAAUGUCACCAACGGAGUCUCGAAAGACGACAUUGAAGACGACAUCGAAAUGAAUGGUGUCGGGCCGCAGAAGGUUGUCAUCCCCAUGCCCAUGAAAGCUCCCCAAAUGAUGCCCAAGGAAUAGUGGCCUUCUUUGUCCAAAAAAAAAAAAAAAAAUAGUGCCUUCUUGGGAGGGAGAUGGGCUUUUUUGUCCUUUCGACCCCCCAUUUUCUCCCCUUCUUUUGCCCCCCUUUUUUAUUCUCCUUACUUUUUCUUUUUUCCCCCCUUGUUCCUUUUUAAUUUUCUGAUGGUGAAUGUGAUCAUGUUCCAAGAGUACUUGUGCUAAUGAAGAUUUGAGAGAAUCCCAAAAUCUCUUUUCCCCCCA